UGAAGAACGCCAGCCAAGCUCGCGCGUGUGUCUGGGCGGCGCGCGCGCGCCUGGGUUUGCGUGAGCGAGGGGUUCCCCAAGUGUGCCCCGUUUGGGCUCCGGGGCUGAAGAAGAGGGGCUUUCUCGGGAUCCCCCCCAAGAGGAAGCGUCAUGAGUCACAGCCAGCUCUACGCGCCUCGGGGGACCAGCUCGCCGGUCGGCGGGGCCCCCAGGAACUACAGCCAGGACUAUUUGCUGAUGGAUUCCGAGGCGUGCGAGGAGAACUGCAUGGCACCUUAUGCUUACUACCCCGUUAGAGGUGCUGAGAAUCGGCACGGCUUUCGUCAACAGACUGUAGCUAGAGAGAAAGGCAGGAGAUUUGCUAUUCGAGGCCCGGCAUAUAUGUUUAAUGAUCAUUCAACCAGCCUUUCUAUUGAAGAAGAGCGCUUUUUGGAAGCAGCGGAAUAUGGUAACAUUCCUGUUGUCCGUAAAAUGCUGGAGGAAUGUACUUCACUCAACGUGAACUGUGUGGAUUACAUGGGCCAGAAUGCCUUACAACUGGCUGUGGCAAAUGAACAUCUGGAAAUCACAGAACUUUUACUUAAGAAGGAAAACCUGUCACGUGUUGGAGAUGCACUACUCUUAGCCAUUAGCAAAGGUUAUAUCCGAAUAGUUGAAGCCAUUUUGAAUCACCCAGCAUUUGCAGAAGGCAAGAGGCUGGCCACAAGCCCUAGUCAAUCAGAGUUGCAGCAUGAUGACUUUUAUGCCUACGAUGAGGAUGGAACUCGCUUCUCUCAUGAUGUGACCCCAAUUAUCCUAGCUGCUCACUGCCAUGAGUAUGAAAUUGUGCAUAUCCUACUGAGGAAAGGAGCUCGGAUUGAGAGGCCUCAUGAUUAUUUUUGCAAAUGCAGUGAAUGCAAUAAAAAGCAAAAACAUGACUCUUUCAGCCAUUCUAGAUCUAGGAUCAAUGCUUACAAAGGUCUAGCAAGUCCAGCUUAUCUGUCUUUGUCAAGUGAGGACCCAGUUAUGACUGCCUUAGAACUCAGCAAUGAGCUGGCUGUGCUUGCUAACAUUGAAAAAGAAUUCAAGAACGAUUACAAAAAAUUGUCAAUGCAGUGCAAGGACUUUGUGGUUGGACUUCUUGAUUUGUGCAGAAACACAGAAGAAGUGGAAGCUAUCCUCAAUGGAGAUGUUGAACUGAACCACGGAGAGCACGGACGUCCAAGCCUGAGCCGCUUAAAACUUGCUAUAAAAUAUGAAGUCAAAAAAUUUGUUGCACAUCCAAACUGCCAGCAGCAGCUUCUCUCAAUCUGGUACGAGAAUCUGUCAGGUUUACGACAACAGACCAUGGCGGUAAAGUUUUUAGUGGUUCUUGCUGUAGCCGUUGGAUUACCCUUCCUGUCAGUGGCUUAUUGGAUUGCUCCGUGUAGUAAGCUAGGUAGAAUAAUGCGUGGACCUUUUAUGAAAUUUGUGGCACAUGCAGCCUCUUUCACUAUUUUUCUUGGGCUCCUAGUCAUGAAUGCAGCAGACAGGUUUGAUGGCAUCAAACUAAAGCCUAAUGAAACUGUAACAGAUAGUGCAAAACAGCUGUUCCGAAUGAAAACAUCUUGCUUCUCCUGGAUGGAAAUGCUGAUUAUCUCAUGGGUAAUAGGUAUGAUAUGGGCUGAAUGUAAAGAAAUUUGGUCCCAAGGUCCCAAGGAAUACCUGUUUGAGUUGUGGAAUAUGCUAGAUUUUGGUAUGUUAGCUAUUUUUGCAGCUUCAUUCAUUGCAAGGUUUAUGGCAUUUUGGCAUGCUUCUAGAGCCCAGAAUAUUGUUGACGCUAAUACAGAGAUGAAGGACUUGUCUACUGCAACAUUGGAUCCCAGGAUAAAGUACUACACUUUGGCAAGAAUAGACUGGGAUCCAUCUGAUCCUCAAAUCAUAUCCGAAGGCCUAUAUGCAAUUGCUGUGGUUUUAAGUUUCUCAAGAAUCGCGUAUAUUUUGCCAGCCAACGAAAGCUUUGGACCCCUACAGAUAUCACUCGGUAGAACUGUGAAAGACAUAUUCAAGUUCAUGGUCAUAUUUAUCAUGGUUUUUGUGGCCUUCAUGAUAGGAAUGUUUAAUCUCUACUCCUACUACUUGGGGGCAAAACAAAAUGAAGCAUUCACUACAGUGGAAGAAAGCUUCAAGACUUUGUUCUGGGCAAUAUUUGGACUUUCUGAAGUGAAAUCUGUUGUCAUAAAUUAUAAGCACAAAUUUAUUGAAAAUAUUGGCUAUGUCCUUUAUGGUGUUUAUAAUGUCACCAUGGUUAUUGUUUUGUUGAAUAUGCUUAUCGCAAUGAUUAAUAGUUCCUUCCAGGAAAUUGAGGAUGAUGCUGAUGUAGAAUGGAAGUUCGCAAGAGCAAAGCUGUGGUUUUCUUAUUUUGAGGAAGGCAGAACACUUCCUGUACCUUUCAAUCUGGUGCCUAGCCCCAAAUCUCUGCUUUACUUUUCACUCAGAAUAAAGAAGUGGAUUUUUAAAUUACUGUUUUGCCAUAAGAAAGGUUUUCAGGAGGAUGCUGAGAUGAAUCAGGUGGAGCAAAAUAAGCUACCAAAUACAAGAAGCACAGAUGAUCUCAACUUAAACAGCUCAAAUAACCCACAGAAAAAGUAUCAGAAGAUUAUGAAACGUCUUAUUAAACGAUAUGUACUGAAGGCUCAGGUAGACAAGGAGAGUGAUGAAGUCAAUGAAGGUGAACUGAAAGAAAUUAAACAGGACAUCUCAAGCCUUCGGUAUGAGCUCCUUGAAGAAAAAUCACAGAACACAGAAGACCUGGCAGAACUUAUCAGAAAACUUGGAGAGAAACUGUCUAUUGAUCCAAAGCAGGAACAAAGCAACAGAUAACAUGAACUUCUUUCUGAAAAGGAAACAAAGCAGAAACCCUCCAACUUGGCAGACCCAAUGGAAACCCUACCAGUUUCAUCUCCCCUCUACUCUUCUUCAAACUUAAUUGACACUUUAAAGAACAGCGUUUUAAUCCCAUGCACCAAAGGAGAGGGGGAAAAAAGACUCUUUCAAAAAUAAUCUUAAAAUUAAUGAUGACAUAAAACAUGGUUUCAUAAACUGUAUGACUUUAACUGCUGGGUUCUGCUAACAUCAAGUUCUUUUUCACAUAUACAAUACCUUCGAACACACAUACCUUAUAUCCUACAUGUAUCUGUAAUUAUAGUCCAUUAAAAUCAAGUGUGGUUGCAAUAAAUUAGGUAGGAACAGAGCUCCAGUCUUAAAAAGAAGAGAACUGAACCUCCUUUAACUAAACACAUAGAAAUGCAAUUAAAUUGUUAAUUAACCAAAGAGAUGAAUUUCAUGAUCAGUAAAGGCUUAGGGUGGAUGAAAGAUAGGUUCAAUAGAGUACAUCUGGGAAUUGUGAUGCUACUCCAGCAUUACUGUACUAUAACACCAGAAGCAGGCAUCACCAUACCAUUGUGAUGUAAUUUCUCCAAAGAAUUUCUGCAAUAGUACUUUAGUUGUCUUGGCCUAAUGAAAAAGUCUUAAGAGACGCAGUUCUCCCUCUCAGGAAACUACCAUAUGCAGCAUUUUGUGCAGAGUGGACUAAAUCACAGCAUGUGGAACAGAACAGAGUUACAAUAACCAUCUCACAAAAAGUUUUAUAUUACCAAGUUU